AAUCGCCGGCGGCGUUUCUAGAGGAGGCGGGAGAAGAUUUUGCGCGCAUUUGCGCAGUAAAGUUUUGGUUGUUGAGGCCGCGGGAAUUGUCUGAUUCUCCGUCUCAGUGUUUUGUGCUGUUCCUCUUGCGUGGCUGCUGGACCCCCGCUGUUGCAAAUGGCUCGUAGUUCGCUGUUUCAGAGCGUUUACAACCGACACAUCCCGAAGCGGAACAAAGUCGGGCCCUCCUCGCGCUGUCCCCUUGACUCCCUGCUGCUGGGAUUCGAGUGCCGCGCACCGGACGAGCACAAGGUGUUCGGCACGGCGGGCGACCCGGUGCCUGCCUUCGCAUGCCCCUUCUCGCGAGAGGCCGGUAGCCACCACCUGCUGGCCGUGCCCAGCGAGGACGGUGUGGUGCAGAUCUACGACACGGAGAAACCCCACAAGGGCAGCAGAGUGCUCAAAGCUUGGCUGGCUCAUUCAAAUGCUGUCUUCGAUUGCGCCUGGAUGCCCGGAGAAUCUAAGCUCGUGACGGCCUCGGGUGACCAGAUGGCCAAGCUUUGGGACGUGUGUGCCGGGGAGGCCCUGGGUUCCUUCAAAGGUCACCAGUGCAGCCUCAAGUCGGUGGCGUUCAGCCAGGGCGAGAAAGCGGUCUUUUGCACGGGAGGAAGAGAUGGAAACAUCAUGGUCUGGGACAUCAGAUGCAGCAAAAGGGACGGGUUCUACAGCGCGGUGAAGAGGAUCGGCAGCGCUCACAACGCGCCCGCCAAGAUCAGCGUGACUCCGAAGCGCCGGAACACGCCGCGGGGCAUGGCUCCCUCCGUGGACUCCCAGCAGAGCGUCACGGCUGUGAUUUUCCAGGACGAAAAAACUCUCAUCUCCUCUGGGGCCGUAGACGGGAUAAUAAAGGUUUGGGACAUGCGCAAAAACUACACCAGCUACCGGAUGGGACCCGUGCCUGCGCAAUCAUUCCCCUAUCCCGGCAGCAGCUCCCGGAAGAGAGGGUUCUCGAGCCUCGUACUCAACGCCUCGUCCUCGCUUCUCUUCGCCAACUGCACGGACGACUCUGUGUACAUGUUCGACGUGGCAGGAGCGAGGACGUCGCCGGUGGCGACGUUUCGUGGUCACCUUAACUCGUCGUUCUACGUGAAGAGCAGCCUGAGCCCCGACGGGGAGUUCCUCCUCAGCGGCUCCAGUGACGACGUUGCCUACAUCUGGAAGGUGGCGGAUCCGCUGGCAGAGCCCGUGCUCCUGCGAUGGCACUCGCAGGAGGUCACCUCCGUGGGCUGGUGCCCCACCGACUUCACCAAGAUCGUGACCUGCUCGGACGACAACAAGCUGCUGAUCUGGCGACUGAGUCGUGGGACUGACCAAGCCAAGGACUCCACAGGGAAAUCGGACCUACUGGCCCGCGCGUCCAGGAGCAAUGACCAUAAACGCGGCGCACACGGCCAGGCCAUCACCACUCCUGCCAAGCCGUCUCACGGUGGCCACGCGCCGUCGCACACGUCCCCACGCCCCGCCGCCUGCGUGCUGGGCUCCUCCGCCUCGCUGCCGUCCCCCAGCUCCUCCGAGUCGUCGCUGCAGUCGGCCGCCACCCCGAAGGCCGCUCCGCUGACCCCGAGCCCGGCCGGCGCGCCCUCCAGGCUCGAUUCCGCGUCUCCGCUCGGCGCCUUUUCCCCCCCUUCCGCCUCCGGCACGCCUUCCGGACCGUCCGGGCCGUCGGGGUCGCACGCCGCCCUGGCCACGCCGACGUCGAGGACGCCGCUGUCCCACGUGCAGUCUCCCGCGACGCCGGGCGGUUCCGCGUUGCUCUCGCCCGGCUCCCGAACCCUCUCCAUCACGCGGUGGCUGCAGGUGGCGGGCGGCGCGUCGUCGGAGAGGAAGAGGACGGGGCCGCGCCGUGACGCCGCCGCUGGACCCACCUCCGGGCGGGCCAAGCGCCGCCUGGAGACGGGCGGCGGCGGCGGCGAGGGCGGCGUGGACGCAGACUCGAGCUGCUUGAGCGGCGCGAGGUGCAGCGAACUGUGCAGCCAAGUGUGUAAGAGGUUGAGGCCCGAGCCUGACGAAGGCCCGACGGGCGGCGACGGGGACUUUGCGCGGACGGAGGACGCGGUCGUCCCGGGGGUCGAGAACUUCACGAGCAGCCCGCAGUCCGUCGGCGUGGCGGCCGCGCUGCCGCCGACCUCUGACCUCGUCACGGACGAGACGAGGAGCGGCCACCACUCUCCCCGCGCCGACUCGUCGUGUCGUCCCCCGGAGUCGGAGAGCGUGAACAAAGAGAACCAGGGCGCCGACCGGACGCCGGCUCGGGGAGCGGGGCAAGGGAAGAGCAAGGGAAGGGCGGCGGCACGGUCCGGGAGCCUCCGUGGCAAAGCCAAGGGCAGUGCUGAGAUGGCGCUAUCGCCAGACAAGCCUUCGAGUCCCACCAUCAUGAUGAAGAAAAUCUCCAGCUAUUUCCAGAAAUCACCUGGGGUCAAGCCCUGAGACGCGUCGAGAACACGCUUCGUAUUAGCCAGCACAUUCCCGGAGCCCCUCUUACCAUUUUACACCGAACCACCAUCACGCCAUGAGAUUUUAAAUUAAAAUUAAAAAAAUCUGCUGCUGUGUCAAAGGAUGGGGUGGUUGGGAGGGGGGGUGAGGAAAGAGGAUAGGCAUUGUGCAUGUAUAAUAUGUCUUUUAUGUCACCCUGCACACUAUGGACCAGGAAAUUGUUCUCUCAAAAAGCCUAGAGCCAUUUUACAGACGGUCCGACGGCUUUGCAGAAGAAAAGGGCUCGGACACACACACACACACAGGCCAGUGGGUGCGGCGGAUGUGGCAGUGCAGCAGCGAGACUCCAUGGCGGGCAGCUGGGUCGCCCCCCCCCCCGCCCGCGCUCUACAUUCAACGGCAACUUAGCCCUGGCUCGGUUGCCACCGCGGACUUGACGUGCUUUGGAGUGGCACCGCUAGAUAACCUGUUAACGCUGCCCCCGAGCGAGCCUCUGUGUGCCCCGUCCGUCCGAGUGAGCGCGCGUUGGGGCGGAGAGAGGACAGAAGGAUGUUGUGUGGGUAGUGUUUGUAUUGUACACACAGAACGCUUGGAAAUAUAUCGCGGCGAAAAAAUAUAUUGUAGAGCUGUUUUUUACUUACGCUUGUAACAAGUUAGGCAAAGUCUACUGUGCGUCGUGUGUAUACAUAAUUCUACGCUGACUUUGACGUGCACUGUUUAUUAUAGGGUUGGUGGAGUAUCGUUCUGGCAGUUUUUAGACAUGUGGGGACAUGACCCCAGCAAAGAGCUGAUGUGGAAUAACCUGUCGCUUAAAAGCAGAACAAUGCUCGCGUUCAUUCUAUUCACCAUGGCAGCUGAGCUUGGCUGCUUGGUUUCCUUUGCGAGUUGCAUCAGACGUUGGUAUGAACACUAAGUUGUACACGUUCUAAAUAAAAGCGAAAUGGGCUCGUACUUAUGUUUGGCGGAUUUUCGUAAUUGAUGGAAUUUAAAUGAUGGUUUAAAAAAAAAAGAAACCUGCACACAAUCGGUUCGGCGCCAUAAGGCUUCAAGGCUGUUUGGAAAUCGUUGUUUUAUUAUUCUGCAUUUUGUUGUGUUUUUUUUUUAAUCUUUCUCCACUUGAACGCGUAACUGUUUAGCAGUCUGGUGGUGAGUGCGCGGCUGAGAAGCGCAUUAAAUUCAUCAGUUCGGCAGACCUGCCAUCUGCACCAUUUCACAGUUCAGCGGGACCGCUAAAGCCAUCUGUUGACCAGACCGCCGGGCUGCGGGGGAAAGAAACAGACUCAUACGUGCCGCAGCAAAUAAAUCAGCACCCCCACAAACAUUUAAUUUCUAUGCGGCGUGGUCGGUCUGCUCACCUCCGUAAUUGGCGGGGGGCGGAGGUUUGUAUGUAUGUUGCACGUUGUAUGUAGCCAACCACGGACAUCGAAUGGUGCGUUGGUACACCUUGGCAAAGAUGUUUGUGUUUUAUAAUCUGGUUUCUCAACUAAAGCUGCGACAGGGCCAAAGGCCAGGGUGAAAUACAAAUGCAGUGCCCCUUGAAAGAAAUCGGUCUGGUGACAACACCACUGUUGUUGGCUGUCAUUUGUUUUCUGUGAUGUGGCUCGUGUGUUUACCCAUUGUAAUCGCGCGUUGAUACAAUCGGGUACAGGCUAUUAAUGUCAAUGCCCUUUUUCGUGGCUUUGCAGCCUGGGUGGCCAACCUAAUUGCCCAAACAAAACUUAAGAAUAGGGUAUUCCGAUAAGCCGCAUUUUCCUCAAAUGUUAGCGAAUCUAAACGUAUAUAUAUUUUUUUAAUGAAAUAAUUGCACGUUCAUAAAUUUCGACAGGAAACUCGAUGGCUUUUUUAAAAGGCUUGAAGCGAACAGCGGAUUUUGUGCACCGAGGGCGUGAAUUUUUUUUUGUCGGGGGCAAAUUUGGGCACAAGAAAAACGCGCGGCGCGCCGGUGCAUUCUCGAUUUGUACACGAAACAAAAAAGAUUUGCGCGCGAUUGACGCGAGUGGCGUAGAGCCCAGAAGCGGGGCAGUGUCCACCGAGCCUGUGAUGGACAACGGCGAAUUCGCAGCGAACGUUUUCUCUCUCUCCUUUCUUUCUGCUCAAGCCGCCCGCCUGCCUACCCGCUUUUAAUGAUGCACGGCGCGAAACCCUCCAGCGAUGGCAGAGAGUGACAGAGACGCAGUCGCGGCUUGCCCCGCAGGGGUGAGUCUCUCUACCCUUGCCAAUUGAUUGGCACUGGUGCUCAGUUUUCAUAUUCAAUGUCGAGGGGGAUGGGGGGUUCUGGGGUGGGGGGGGGCGACCUUCCCCUCCCGACGAGCACACACGCUGCAUACGUGCCCAGCGCACAUUCUACAGCAACUGCAUUCCAAACAAAUGAGCUUUCUACCGAUGACCCAAUACUUCAUCGAGACAAUCCCGCACACUCCCAA